AUGAAUUAUAAACAAAGUGGACAUUUAAUUCAUCACAAAAAUAUCGUUCACUUAAAUAAGAGAUUUAUUUGUGAUUUCAAUGAAUGUCACAAAAGUUUUAAAUCCAAAAAUCAUUUAAUUUCUCACAAAAAUACCAUUCAUUUCAAUACAAAUGCCGAUAAAAUGUUUCGCUGUCUUUGGCCUAAUUGUGAUUACAAAACACAUAAUAAGUGGUGUUUAAAAUCACACCAAACUAUUCAUUUAGAAGUACAACAAUUUAAAUGUGAUUUUAAUAAUUGUGACAAAAGUUUUAAAUGGAAAUCACAAUUAACUGAACACAAAAAAUCAUUUCAUUUAAAUAAUAAUCAUUUCAUUUGUCAAAUCAAUGGUUGUCUCAAAGUGUUUACAGCAAAUCGCUAUUUAUCUGAUCACAAACGUGUUGUCCAUUCAAAUCGUAACAAAUUUUCCCUAAAUCGCGUUCAUUUCAAACUGACAUUUGUUUGUGAUUUCAAUGACUGUCACAAAAGUUUUACAACAAAAUACAGAUUAUUUCAACACAAAAAUUAUGUUCAUUUGAAUCAAAGUAAAUACAAAUGUGAUGAACAAAAUUGUGGCCAAAAUUUUCUCUCUAAAGAAAGCUUAACUCUACACAAACGCAGACAUUCUGGAGAAAAAUCAUUUGUUUGUCAUUUUAAUGGUUGUCUUAAAGCUUUCAAAAGAAGUUCCGAUUUAAGAGUCCAUAAGAGCUCACAUUUAACUGAUAAACAAUUUAAAUGUGAUUAUAAUGAUUGUGGUAAACGUUUUGUCUGCAAACCAUAUCUUUCAACUCAUAUUAGACUUUGUCAUAAAAAAUAA